CAGAGGCGGGUAGCAGAGGGGCCUUCAGGAGGAGGUCCUCCUCUCCCUCCUUCAGCGGGAGGGAGCAUGGCAGCAAGUAGAGGAAUGCUGGCGCUCUUGGCCCUGCUGCUGUACUGCUGGCAGGAAGCUGAGCUCCAGCACUUAAGAGCGUUGGCAGCUUCAAGUCCUGAAUUGCCACCAAGUUUAAGAAAUCUGGAUGAUGACUUGGCUACAGUAUUUGAUGAAAUUCUAGUCCAAGAGAUGCUGGAUCACAGCAAAUCAUCAGCGUCUAUAACACAAGCGACAGAAGCAACGUUAUCAACAAGAUUAUUCAAGGAAAAAGCCGGUACUAAAAUAAGUCUUCUGGCCGGUACUCAUAAGAAGCAUCAAGUAAAGCAAUUCUCUUCUGGGAAAGAGGACAGACUUCCCUCUGAUGAAAAGGAGAAAGAAAGACUUUUUCAGAUUAAAAGCCUAGCAGCUCUGGAAAACAUCAUUGACCACCUUCGAAGCGCUUUAGGAUCAACCGGGACUCCUGAGGCCACUGUCACACACCCGUGUUGCGGAGGUUGCCUGGCCCUGGUGCCCAGGCCCGGGAGGUCCCCAACCUCCGUGAGACGGCCCUCGCUGCAGGCGGCCUCCUACCUGGGGCUGAGUCUCACAUCGGGGGGGGGGGUCCUCCCCUCCCACCCCUCCUCACUGCCUUCUCAGGAGACACUCUCAAGCAAAGAAACAAGCAUAAAAGUUUGUCCAAAGGAGCUAAACACCACAAGAGGAAACAGAGCCUGACUGAGACAGCAGGACCCCCCGAAGGGCCCCACUCACUCCCACCGCCAGGAAGAAAAUAUAACAGAAGCACUGACCCUUCUGUGUAAAGAAGAAGCUUUUUGUUCAAAGACUGCCAAAUAAAAUGAACAUAUUUAAAUACUAAGUUAGAGGCAAUGUGGUUUUUUCCUUAAACAAAAAAAGAAGUAAAAAUCUAAUUGAGCCUGAAAAAUCACAGCAUCCAAAGCUUGCUAUCGUCUAACAGGAUGAGCUUCGAAGAAAUGUCUUCCCAGAGCCUGUGUCAUCCUCGGGGUUCUCCAGAGAAACGGCACCAACAGGAUGUAUAUGUAAAUACAGAAAGAGAGCUAUCACAAAGAAUCGGGUCGCACCAUUAUGGAGGCUGACAAGUCGGCAAGCUGG